UUGGAGUGAUCACAUGACACAUGGUUUCCGCUGCUCUUUACUGAGAGCUUCUUUUAGGGUAGUCCCUGUUUUUGACCCUGCUCUCUCUCUUUGAUCCUCCACUCUAGCGAUGGCCGGUUUUGUGUAUGCUUUGUUCCUGUUCUGUGCACUCAGCCUGGGCAUGGCUCUGGCCGAUACUCCGGCGAACUGCACUUACCAGGACUUGAAGGGGACCUGGGUGUUCCAGGUUGGGAUGGAAGGGCAGAACAGAAAUGUUAACUGCACUAACAUGGGCCCUCCUGUAAAAAGUGUGACUGUACAUCUCCGUAAACUUGAUGUUGCUGAAGAUGAUUUUGGGAAUGUUGGUUUCUUCACUUUAAUUUACAAUCAAGGAUUUGAAGUAGUCCUUGGUGAUUACAAAUGGUUUGCUUUUUUUAAGUACAAGAAAGAAGGUUUAAAUGUAACCAGUUAUUGUCAUGAAACACUUCCCGGGUCAGUGCAUGACACACUGGGUCAAAACUGGGCUUGCUUUGUUGGAAAGAAGAGCACUCAGAAUGUUCGAACUGAUAUUUUUCAUUCAGGUGAAGAUUUGUCACACCUGUUGCAGAGACCCUAUAAGCCUAACCUUGACUUUGUGAAAGCAAUAAAUACAGUACAGAAAUCUUGGACAGCAAAGCUUUAUAAAGAGCAUGAAAAAUUCACCAUUCAAGACCUCUUCAGACAAGCCGGUGGUCAUAACUCAAGGAUCCCUAGACGUCCAAGACCUAUGCCAGUGUCAGAGGAGAUGCAGAAGCUUGCAGCGUCUUUGCCAGAAUCAUGGGACUGGAGAAAUGUUGCUGGAGUGAAUUAUGUUAGCCCUGUACGAAAUCAAGGCGGCUGUGGCAGUUGCUAUUCCUUUUCUUCCAUGGGAAUGCUUGAAGCCCGCAUUCGUAUUCAGACAAACAACACACAGACUCCAAUCCUUAGCACACAGCAGAUAGUUUCCUGCAGUCAGUAUUCACAAGGAUGUGAUGGAGGAUUUCCAUACCUAAUUGCUGGAAAGUAUGCCCAAGAUUUUGGUUUAGUUGAAGAACAUUGCUUCCCUUAUGUUGGAAUGGAUACUCCUUGCACCAUUAAGAAGCCUUGCUACCGUUACUACACUUCUGAGUAUUAUUAUGUGGGUGGGUUUUAUGGUGCUUGCAAUGAAGUAGCGAUGAAACUGGAGCUGGUAAAAAAUGGUCCAGUGUCUAUUGCCUUUGAAGUUUAUAGUGAUUUUAUGAAUUACCAAGGAGGAAUCUAUCAUCACACUGAUUUACGUGAUCCAUUCAACCCCUUUGAGCUUACCAAUCAUGCAGUGUUGCUAGUAGGCUAUGGCAGUGACCCUCAAACAAAAGAAAAAUACUGGAUAGUUAAGAACAGCUGGGGAACAGGCUGGGGAGAAAGUGGCUACUUCCGAAUCCUUCGAGGUAGUGAUGAAUGUGCAGUUGAAAGCAUAGCUAUUGCAGCCACUCCAAUUCCUAAACUUUAAGGAGAAUAAUGAAGUAUGCUUGCUGGAAGCAAAACUGAAAAAAAAUUGAAUUUUGAAUCUUGUUUCUUGGGAAUCUAUUUGAAUUUUGCAUAAAUUUACCUUUAACAAUGUUUUAAUAUUCAAAAUGGAGAUUGUACUGCUGCUUAUCUUGGAAAUCUAUCUGAAUUUUGCAUAAAUGUGCCUUUAACAAUUUUUUAAUAUUCAAAAUGGAGAUUGUACUGCUUGCAUUUUCUUAGAACUCAGUAGUGGAUGUUCUUGUUAGGUAAGCUCAAAAUGAAAGUCGCAGAAUUUGUUUUUAAUCAACAGUGGUAAUUAUACUUUGGUUAAAAAGCUGCUGUGUAACACUUGUUUUGCAUUUAUGGGAUGUGCAAUGCUGAGCAGCUGUGUGGUAUACCAAAGUUGUUUUUUGUAAUAAAUUGGGUGUUUCUGAAUCGGUUUCUUAAACCUUCAGUCCAUUGCAGUAUCAAGGAAAUAAAGUGCAAUAUCAGGAUCUGAA